AUGUCGAUGUCGAUCCUUCCUUUAGUUUAACUUUUCUCAAUCGUUCAAAAUGGUGUUUAAUUCUCGCGGGUUUCUUCCUAAAUUAAAUGUGUUAUUAUUAAAAUGAAUUGAAAUUCAAUGUUCUAAAGUGUAAACCACUUGGCCGAGUUCUACAAAAUUUCCAGUGCAGUGUAAAACAUAGUUACGUGAGCUUGAAAAAAAAUCGGCCCCGCAAUACAUCGAAAUUAAUUUUCGCCUGUGAUGUUAAAAAUCUGAAUAAGUUAUUUACAGCUUCUUACUGGACUUACGAUGGCUCCUGUCGCGCGGCUGUAGCGGGAAGAACAUGUCGCAGGGCGGCUUGAAACAUGUCGCGACAGAACCGACGCGCCUCGAAUCCAAACGGGAGCGGAGGCGCGGGGCUGCGGGGCGCGCGGCCGCGCUGCGAAGGGCACCAUCUGACUCCGACUGCUCCGGCGAGACUGCCUCCCUGUCCGCCGACAGCGGCGACCGUUCCGUGAGGCCUGCGCCGCCCCCGCCGCGGUCCGGCAAGUCGAGGAGCAGCCGUCGCCGUGGCAGCGAAUGGGAGGUCCUGGAAGGAUUGAAGGACGGCCAGCGAUUCGAGAAACGCCCGGAAGUCUUCAACGGGUACCUUCACAAAAAACGCAAAUGGCCUCUAAAAGGAUGGCACAAGCGUUUCUUCGUAGUGGACGGCGGCAUACUGGUGUACGCUCGCUCGCCCACCGACGUGGCGCGCGGCCGCCUGCACGGCUCGGUGGACGUCGGCCUGUCCGUCAUAUCCGCGAAGGCGCGGCGACGCCGGAUAGACAUCGACGCGGACGAGUUCAUAUACCACUUGCGGGCGAAGACGCCGGACGUGUUCCGGACGUGGCUGAACGUGCUGAAAGCUCAUAGAUUAUAUAGACAACAUUUGCUGACAUUUGGUGCACGAGAAUCAGUUCCUAAAAUACACGCCCCUCUAGAAGAUAUGCCCCCCACGGAUACAUCUUCGCGGCUAAUUAGCCCCACGACGCCAGCUCGCGGGCCGCAGGCGGGCUUCGUGUCCGGCACGCCGGGCGGGCGUCUUGCCGGCUGGAGCAUUGAGUCGGGCGGGCCGCUGGACGGCGUGUCGCGGGAGCUGGGCCAGGCGCAACUGUCACUGCAGCAGUUACAGGGCUACCUGGACGCCUUGGAGCUACACCAGCAGGCCCAUCACGACACCGAUCAGGUGUCACUGGAAGGCGCGUCACCAAACGUGAAGAAGGACCGCCGUAAGUUUGGACUACGCAAGAAGAAAUCCAGCAACAAAUGCGCGUCUGUUGAACUCGCCCCUCCUCAUAUGGACGCAUCAAAUUCUCACAUGGCUCUCUCAGCCUUAACUGCGCCGCCCUCCCCUGGGGGCGGGGCCUCGUCCAUCCCAGCCUCCGCAGCAUCGCUUCCUAUCGCAUUUCUAUCAACUUAUCUGGCCUCUACUUUAGUUCCAUGUGCUGCCACCAGGCCUCAGUCAUUACCCGGUGCGGAAGCACUCAACGCUCCUACAAGCCUAUGCAGUCUAACUCCUGAUCAGCAGUUGAGGGAAGACUUUACGGUGCUCGCUAAAGACCUUGUCUGCAGUCUUAAGAAUGUCGUGGCUACAUUGGUACGGGAGCGCGGAAGGACGCGCGUGGAGUCCGAGGGUACUCCGCUGCUGACCGCUCUACGCACCGACCUGUCCUCUGCACUGCAACAAAACUCCGUGUGUCACCCAGAGCUGCGGUCCCGCCUGUCGCGCAUACACGACGCUUCCGACCUCGCUGAGAUCUCAUCUAUGGGGCACAACUCCGCACCGAAUCGUCCAUUCCAACACUCUCUAAGCUACAGUUCGUCGUGUGUUUCCGCAUCCGAAUUCUUCGACGCGGAAGAGCAUGAAGAGAACCACAAGCAGAAUGAAAUCUUGAACGCCGAUGAGGCAGGCGUGAUAGAACUAGAUGGGGACUCUACCUCCGAAGCUGGAUCGCUCAGCAGUGAAGAUGGUUCCGCAAGCUCUGACAAUUCCGAUGCAGCGACAGAGCAGUCAACUCUUCGCCUUAACGAGAACGGGCCGAAUACGUGGGUGCGUCGCACGCGUCUCCCGCACCCGCGGCCUUCCCCGGGCGGUCCGAGCCUGUGGAACCUGCUGUACAAGAACAUUGGCAAGGACCUCAGCCAGAUCUCCAUGCCGGUCACCAUCAACGAACCUCUCAAUAUGCUACAGAGAUUAUGCGAAGAACUGGAAUAUUCCGAGCUACUAGACGCUGCGGCUAAAAGCGUAGAUGCCGUUGACAGAUGUGCGUUAGUUGCGGCGUUCGCAGUGAGUUCGUACGCAGCCGCGGCGCACCGAGCGGCGUCCAAGCCCUUCAACCCGUUACUAGCCGAGACGUACGAGUGUGUGCGAGCUGAUAGGGCAUUCAGAUUUGUAGCUGAACAGGUCUCUCAUCAUCCGCCCAUAUCGGCGUGCCACGCGGAAUCCCCGCGCUGGGUGUUUUGGCAGGAGGCGCGAAUCAAGACCAAGUUCUGGGGCAAGUCCAUGGAGUUCCAGCCGGCGGGCAGAGUCCAUGUGAAACUCUUGACCACGGGAGACCAUUAUAGUUGGAACAAGGUGACAACAUGCGUGCACAAUCUGUUCGGCGGGCAGCGGUGGGUGGAUCAGUACGGCGAUAUGCAUAUCGCUUGCCAGGGGACCGAUAUCGGGUGCAAACUUAACUUUGUUAAGGCCAGCUCGUGGUCUAGCAGCAGGCACGAAGUGCGAGGCGCGGUCACCGAAGGUGGCAGCGGCACGCGGCUCCGCCUGGCGGGACGGUGGUCCGAGGCCUUGUACGCCGGUGACCCGCCCGCCGCCCGCUGCCUAUGGAGGCCUGGCGCAAUGCCCCCGGAGCACGAGCUGUACUACGGCUUCACGCGGUUCGCGAUGGAGUUGAACGAAAUGGAACCCGGCCUGCGGGACGCGCUGCCCCACACCGACACCAGGCUCAGGCCCGACCAACGCGCGUUAGAAGAGGGCGACGUGGACGCCGCGGAGCAGUUCAAGCAUCAGCUAGAACAAGCGCAAAGGGAGAGAAGGCGGGACUGUACAGAGCACGUGCCCGCCUGGUUCCGGAAGGUGCUCGAAGGCAGCGAGGAAAUGUGGUCGUUCACGGGUGAAUACUGGAAGGCGCGUGAGGCCGGCUUCCCGUCGCUGCAAUCGCCGCGCCUCUGGUGACUGCGCCCUUUAUUGCACCCAAUACCGCAGCGCGAGGUGCUCUGCUAGGUUGUGCUUUGAUUAGCGUUGAUAGCUUUACAUUUAAAACUUUUUAAGCCUUCGUCGAUAAUUGUUUGUAUUCUGCGAUACACGUCAUUGAGUAAUAAUGUACUUUGAACGCACGCCUAUCAUUAAAUAUAUUUUUUUCUUACGCGUCUUAUUAUGUAAACAAUG